GCCGGGGGGCGGGGACGGCUCCCCGGAAGGGUCAAACGGCGUGAGGUGGAGGCGCGGCUGCCGCCAUGGGGCUCUUCGGGAAGACCCCCGAGAAGCCGCCCAAGGAGAUGGUCAACGAAUGGUCCUUGAAGAUAAGGAAAGAAAUGCGAGUGAUUGAUAGGCAGAUCAGAGAUAUUCAGAGAGAAGAGGAAAAAGUGAAGCGAUCAAUAAAGGAUGCUGCCAAAAAGGGUCAAAAAGACGUGUGUGUGAUCUUGGCAAAGGAACUGAUCCGCUCUCGAAAGGCUGUAAGCAAACUCUAUGCGUCCAAAGCGCACAUGAACUCUGUUCUCAUGGGGAUGAAGAACCAGCUUGCUGUUCUCAGGGUAGCAGGCUCACUGCAGAAGAGCACAGAAGUUAUGAAAGCUAUGCAAAAUCUAGUAAAGAUCCCUGAAAUUCAAGCAACAAUGAGAGAAUUGUCCAAAGAGAUGAUGAAGGCUGGUAUUAUAGAAGAAAUGUUGGAGGAUACUUUUGAAAGCAUGGAAGAUCAAGAGGAAAUGGAAGAGGAGGCAGAGAUGGAAAUCGAUAAGAUCCUCUUUGAAAUAACAGCUGGGGCCCUGGGCAAAGCACCCAGUAAAGUCACAGAUGCUCUUCCAGAGCCAGAACCCAUGGGAGCAACUGCUGCUGAGGAUGAGGAAGAAGAUAUUGAAGCAAUGCAGUCACGAUUAGCUACUCUCCGUAGCUAAGGGUGAAGCAAACGUGUACAGGUUGCCUUUUUUUUUUUUUGCAAGGGGAUAUUCUAUCUUUGAAAUGUAAAACUUUAAGUGAGAGUACUUUCUGUAAUAUAUGCAUUUUUUUUUUCUUCUGGGGGAUUAUACUCCCAAAGAACUUAUUGUAAUAUAUUUCUUCUUGGGAAUUGCAUUCUACAGAGAUUAUUUUACCAUUUUUUUUUUAGCCUGUCAUCACCUGUGAGAAGUUAUGGUGAAAUGGCAAUGGUGUUAUGAUGCUACAGUCUUUAAAUAUAUUCUUAGGCUCAAGCACCAUCCUUCCCUUACAGGGCACUUCAGCUUAAUUUGCUACCAAAAACCUUAAUGGUAUAAAAUCUUUUGUCUGAGUCACUACAAGUUUUAUUAAAGCUGCUUUUUAACAGUUA